AUGAAUAUAAUAGCAGAUAUUGAUCCUGAGUUUAUUUUAUAAGUGGCUUACUAUGUUAGAAAUCAGAUGUAUAUCAAAAGCGAAAGUAAUUUUAUCCUUGCAUUUUCUGCACUCCAUCCAAAGACCAAACCAUAUUGCUCAACAUACAUGUGUCCAACUAUGUUAAUACCUGGUGAUUUAAUUGAAGUUUGCUAAUUUGUUUAGUUAAUUUCAAAUUAACUUAAAUCAAAUAAUUAAUUGGAUGGAUCUACUAAUAUUCGAAAGCAAUUAUUUUUCCCAAAAUAUUGUAAAAGCAGAUUCAAAAGAAACUUACCUAAUUCAAUAUUUAUCAACUUGGUAAAUAAUGCUCUGAUUGUAGCAGAAAAAAAAAUAUUAAGAAAUAUUAAUAAAUUCUCAACCCAGAUAUUAAAAAUAAAAUAAGAGAGAAUAGAUUAUUGAGAUUAAAAUAAAUUAGAGAAGUAUUAAAAUAUUAAAGAAAAGAUGUAUAAGAACAAUUUAAUAAAAGAGCUAUCUAAAGAACUAAUUAAAGAAGAAAAAAUAUGAGAAAUCAUAAACAUGAUUACAAAAUUUAGGAAAAUUUAACAGUUUUUGAUAUAAACUUCUUACAUUUAAAAGACAUUAUUAAAUUUAGUCAUGUAAAUGAACCUAGAAGUUUGGUAAUGUCAAUUUUGGGAGCUUAAUAUCCAAAAGCUUAAGAAGAAUUUGAAAAGGUAUUAAGGCCAAAAAUUAGAGCUGAUAAUAUAGUUGUUUUAAGUGAUUUGAUGGUAACAAGGGGAUUUUCGAAAGGCGGAUAAAGAAUAUAAGAAGUCUUUUAGAAAUACUUAAAAACAGUGAAUUCAGACGCUAAACUCUUUUUUAUGGAUAUAUCUGCUUAUGGAUAAUAAAUUAGUUUUGGUGAUGAUCUCAAAACUAAAAAUUGUUUCCUGAUCAAUGGAAUGAGUGAAAAUGUUCUAAAAUACAUUUACUAUGCAGGAAAAAUAUAUCAACUCGAAGAUGUUGUGGCAUUAGUUAGGAGUUGA